UGAAUAUAACUUCAAAAGAAGAUUUGAUUUUUUUAUUUGUGGAUUGCGUGUAUAUAACAAGGCCAUCAGAAUGUCGGGAGCCUCAGUGAAGGUGGCUGUCCGGGUGAGGCCCUUCAAUUCUCGGGAGACCAGCAAGGAGUCCAAAUGCAUCAUUCAGAUGCAAGGCAACUCGACCAGUAUUAUUAACCCAAAGAACCCAAAGGAAGCUCCAAAAUCCUUCAGCUUCGACUACUCCUACUGGUCUCACACCUCGCCGGAAGAUCCCUGUUUUGCAUCUCAAAACCGUGUGUACAAUGACAUUGGAAAGGAAAUGCUCUUACAUGCCUUUGAGGGAUAUAAUGUCUGUAUUUUUGCCUAUGGGCAGACUGGUGCUGGGAAAUCUUAUACAAUGAUGGGUAAACAAGAAGAAAGCCAGGCUGGCAUCAUUCCCCAGUUAUGUGAAGAACUAUUUGAGAAAAUCAAUGACAACUGUAAUGAAGAAAUGUCUUACUCUGUAGAGGUGAGCUACAUGGAAAUUUACUGUGAGAGAGUACGAGAUUUGCUAAAUCCAAAAAACAAGGGUAAUUUGCGUGUGCGUGAACACCCACUUCUUGGGCCCUAUGUGGAGGAUCUGUCGAAGUUGGCAGUCACUUCCUACACAGAUAUUGCUGACCUCAUGGAUGCUGGAAACAAGGCCAGGACAGUGGCAGCUACCAACAUGAAUGAAACAAGUAGCCGUUCCCACGCUGUGUUUACCAUUGUUUUCACCCAGAAGAAACAUGAUUCUGAGACCAACCUUUCCACUGAGAAGGUCAGUAAAAUCAGCUUGGUGGAUCUAGCAGGAAGCGAACGAGCUGAUUCAACUGGUGCCAAAGGGACUCGAUUAAAGGAAGGAGCAAAUAUUAAUAAGUCUCUUACAACUUUGGGCAAAGUCAUUUCAGCCUUGGCAGAGGUGAGUAAAAAGAAGAAGAAAACUGACUUUAUUCCUUACAGAGAUUCUGUACUUACUUGGCUCCUUCGAGAAAAUCUAGGUGGCAAUUCUCGGACUGCAAUGGUUGCUGCUCUGAGCCCAGCAGAUAUCAACUAUGAUGAAACUUUGAGCACUCUGAGAUAUGCAGAUCGUGCAAAGCAAAUUAAAUGCAAUGCUGUUAUCAAUGAGGACCCCAAUGCCAAACUGGUUCGUGAAUUAAAGGAAGAGGUGACACGGCUCAAGGACCUUCUUCGUGCUCAGGGGCUGGGAGAUAUUAUUGAUACAUCCAUGGGGUCCCUCACUUCAUCCCCAUCUUCCUGCUCACUCAGUAGUCAAGUGGGCUUGACGUCUGUGACCAGUAUUCAGGAGAGGAUCAUGUCUACACCUGGAGGAGAGGAAGCCAUUGAACGUCUAAAGGAAUCGGAGAAGAUCAUUGCUGAAUUGAAUGAAACCUGGGAAGAGAAACUUCGUAAAACAGAGGCUAUCAGAAUGGAGAGAGAGGCCUUGUUGGCUGAGAUGGGAGUUGCCAUUCGGGAAGAUGGAGGAACCCUAGGGGUUUUCUCACCUAAAAAGACCCCACAUCUUGUUAACCUCAAUGAAGACCCACUAAUGUCUGAGUGCCUGCUUUAUUACAUCAAAGAUGGAAUUACAAGGGUUGGCCAAGCAGAUGCUGAGCGGCGCCAGGACAUAGUGCUGAGCGGGGCUCACAUUAAAGAAGAGCAUUGUAUCUUCCGGAGCGAGAGAAGCAACAGUGGUGAAGUUAUCGUGACUCUAGAGCCUUGUGAGCGCUCAGAAACCUACGUAAAUGGCAAGAGGGUGGCCCAGCCUGUUCAGCUGCGCUCAGGAAACCGUAUCAUCAUGGGUAAAAACCAUGUUUUCCGUUUUAACCACCCUGAGCAAGCACGAGCUGAACGGGAAAAGACUCCUUCUGCUGAAACCCCUUCUGAGCCUGUGGACUGGACGUUUGCUCAGAGAGAGCUUCUGGAAAAACAAGGAAUUGAUAUGAAACAGGAGAUGGAGAAAAGGCUACAGGAAAUGGAGAUAUUAUACAAAAAAGAGAAGGAAGAGGCAGAUCUUCUUUUGGAGCAGCAGAGACUGGACUAUGAGAGUAAAUUGCAGGCCUUGCAGAAGCAAGUUGAGACCAGAUCCCUGGCUGCAGAAACGACUGAAGAGGAAGAAGAGGAGGAAGAAGUUCCUUGGACACAGCAUGAAUUUGAGUUGGCCCAGUGGGCUUUCCGGAAAUGGAAGUCUCACCAGUUUACUUCAUUAAGGGAUUUACUCUGGGGCAAUGCUGUGUACCUAAAGGAGGCCAAUGCCAUCAGCGUGGAACUGAAGAAGAAGGUGCAGUUUCAGUUUGUGCUGCUGACUGACACGUUGUACUCCCCUUUGCCUCCUGAAUUACUUCCCACUGAGAUGGAAAAAACUCAUGAGGACAGGCCUUUCCCUCGAACGGUGGUGGCAGUAGAAGUCCAGGAUCUGAAGAACGGAGCAACACAUUAUUGGUCUUUGGAGAAACUCAAGCAGAGGCUGGAUUUGAUGCGAGAGAUGUACGACAGGGCAGGGGAGAUGGCCUCCAGUGCCCAAGAUGAAAGCGACACCACUGUAACGGGCAGCGAUCCGUUCUACGAUCGGUUCCACUGGUUCAAACUUGUGGGGAGCUCCCCCAUUUUCCACGGCUGUGUGAAUGAGCGCCUUGCCGACCGCACGCCCUCCCCCACUUUUUCCACGGCUGAUUCCGACAUCACUGAGCUGGCUGACGAGCAGCAAGAUGAGAUGGAGGAUUUUGAUGAUGAGGCAUUCGUGGAUGACACCGGCUCUGACGCAGGGACGGAGGAGGGAUCAGAUCUCUUCAGUGACGGGCAUGACCCGUUUUACGACCGAUCCCCUUGGUUCAUUUUAGUGGGAAGGGCAUUUGUUUACCUGAGCAAUCUGCUGUACCCUGUGCCCCUGAUCCACAGAGUGGCCAUUGUCAGUGAGAAGGGGGAAGUGCGGGGAUUUCUGCGUGUGGCUGUACAGGCCAUUGCAGGGGAUGAAGAGGCUCCUGAUUAUGGCUCUGGAAUUCGACAGUCAGGAACAGCUAAAAUAUCUUUUGAUAACGAGUACUUUAAUCAGAGUGACUUUUCUUCUGUUGCAAUGACUCGUGCUGGUCUGUCCUUGGAGGAGCUGAGGAUUGUAGAAGGACAGGGUCAGAGUUCUGAGGUCAUCAGUCCUCCAGAAGAAAUCAAUCGAAUGAAUGACUUGGAUUUGAAGUCAAGCACUUUGCUGGAUGGUAAGAUGGUAAUGGAAGGGUUUUCUGAAGAGAUUGGCAACCACCUGAAACUGGGCAGUGCCUUCACUUUCCGGGUGACAGUGUUGCAGGCCAGUGGCAUCCUCCCAGAGUAUGCAGAUAUCUUCUGUCAGUUCAAUUUUUUGCAUCGCCAUGAUGAAGCAUUCUCCACUGAACCCCUCAAAAACAAUGGCAGAGGAAGUCCCCUGGGCUUUUAUCAUGUGCAGAAUAUUGCAGUGGAGAUCACGGAAUCCUUUGUGGAUUACAUCAAGACCAAGCCUAUUGUGUUUGAGGUCUUUGGGCACUAUCAGCAGCACCCACUUCACCUGCAGGGACAGGAGCUUGGCAGCCCACCUCAGCCGUCUCGACGAUACUUCCCUCCACCCAUGCCACUGUCCAAGCCAGUUCCAGCCACCAAGUUAAACACCAUGAGCAAAACCAGCCUUGGCCAGAGCAUGAGCAAGUAUGACCUCCUGGUUUGGUUUGAGAUCAGUGAAUUGGAGCCUACGGGAGAGUAUAUCCCAGCUGUGGUUGACCAUACAGCAGGCUUGCCCUGCCAGGGGACAUUUUUGCUUCACCAGGGCAUCCAGCGAAGGAUCACAGUGACCAUUAUCCAUGAGAAGGGGAGUGAGCUCCACUGGAAAGAUGUUCGAGAACUGGUGGUAGGCCGGAUUAGGAAUAAGCCUGAGGUGGAUGAGGCUGCAGUUGAUGCCAUCCUCUCCUUAAAUAUUAUUUCUGCCAAGUACCUGAAGUCUUCCCACAACUCCAGCAGGACCUUCUACCGCUUUGAGGCUGUAUGGGAUAGCUCUCUACAUAACUCCCUUCUUCUGAACCGAGUGACACCCUAUGGAGAAAAGAUCUACAUGACCUUGUCGGCCUACCUAGAGCUGGAUCAUUGUAUCCAGCCAGCUGUCAUCACCAAGGACGUGUGCAUGGUCUUCUACUCCCGGGAUGCCAAGAUCACACCGCCACGCUCUCUGCGCAGCCUCUUUGGCAGUGGCUACUCAAAGUCACCAGACUCCAAUCGAGUCACUGGCAUUUAUGAACUCAGCUUGUGCAAAAUGGCAGACACAGGUAGUCCAGGCAUGCAGAGGAGGAGAAGAAAAGUCUUAGAUACAUCAGUGGCAUAUGUGCGGGGAGAGGAGAACUUAGCAGGCUGGCGACCCCGAGGAGACAGCCUUAUCCUGGAGCACCAGUGGGAGCUGGAGAAGCUAGAGCUCCUACACGAGGUGGAGAAAACCCGCCACUUCCUGCUACUGCGUGAGAGACUUGGUGACAGCAUCCCCAAAUCCCUGAGUGACUCGUCCCCCAGCCUCAGCAGUGGGACCCUCAGCACCUCCACCAGUAUCUCCUCUCAGAUCUCAACCACCACCUUUGAAAGUGCUGUCACACCUAGCGAGAGCAGUGGGUAUGACUCAACAGACAUCGAAAGCCUGGUGGAUCGAGAGAAAGAGCUGGCUACCAAGUGCCUGCAACUUCUCACCCACACUUUCAACAGAGAAUUCAGCCAGGUGCACGGCAGCAUCAGUGACUGUAAGUUGUCUGAUAUCUCUCCAAUUGGACGGGACCCCUCUGAGUCCAGUUUCAGCAGUGCUACCCUCACUCCCUCCUCCACCUGCCCCUCUCUGGUAGACGCUAGGAGCAACUCUCUGGAUCAAAAGACCCCAGAAGCCAAUUCCCAGGCCUCUAGUCCUUGCACAGAAUUUGAGCAGUUUCAGAUUGUCCCAGCUAUGGAAACGCCCUAUUUGGCCCGAGCAGGAAAAAAUGAAUUUCUCAAUCUUGUUCCAGAUAUUGAAGAAAUUAGACCAGGCUCAGUGGUCUCUAAGAAAGGAUACCUGCAUUUCAAGGAGCCACUUUCCAGCAACUGGGCUAAACAUUUUGUCGUGGUCCGCCGCCCUUACGUCUUCAUCUAUAACAGUGACAAAGACCCAGUGGAGCGUGGGAUCAUUAACCUGUCCACAGCACAGGUGGAGUACAGCGAGGACCAGCAGGCCAUGGUGAAGACACCUAACACUUUUGCUGUGUGUACCAAGCACCGUGGGGUCCUUUUGCAGGCUCUCAAUGACAAAGACAUGAAUGACUGGUUGUAUGCUUUCAACCCGCUUCUUGCUGGCACGAUACGGUCAAAACUCUCCCGAAGAUGCCCAAGCCAGCCGAAAUACUAAGGGACUCUGCCCUCACUCACCUUUGAGAGAGAAAGAAAGUGUUACAUCUCAUUUCUCUUUGUGAUUCUUUACGGUGACUCUUGUCUGUAACCCGUGGCUAACUGCUUCCCCCUGUCCGGCACUUUUCUAGCCCCCCUGUUCCCCAUCUCCAUUGCUCUGUACUCUUUUCUUUUCUUCUGUGCUGAGAAUCUUCUUAGUAGCAUGUGACCUAACAAAAGGAAAAAAGAUUAAAAAAAAACACCACACACAGACACAAAAAACCCUGAGGGGAUCUAGUGAAUCUCCAAAUUAUAUUUUGGUGUAUUUUGGCUUCCUUUUGUAUGACAGGUCUCCAUACCGACCACCUCUGAUGUUUGUGCUGCUGUCUUUGGAUACCUUUUUCUGUUUUUCAAGACAACAUAAUGCUUUUUUUUCUCUUCUCUGUUUGUGAUAUCACUUUAAUUUUUCUUGGGUGGCUUAGAGACUAAGGAGGAGAUAUCUGGCCUUCUUAGAACCUGAGAAGGAAAACUUAAUCUUUUCUUCCAUUCUGUUUCUUUUUGCCAUGGCUAAUCCCUGCAUUUCCAUUCAGGGAAAAGGUUGUGGUAAGCUUAGAAAUGGGACAGUUAUAUUCUCUGAGUCAAAAUCGGGGCUUAUUCAGAGUACAGUUAUGGAACAUUCAUUUACUGGAAGAGAGAAGAGAGGACUUUUCAGCAGGUCUGGGGCAGUAGCUGCUGUAGACCCUUUGAGAAGGGAAGAGCCACAGAUACAGCCAGUGGAUGUCAGGGACCACGGGAUUUGGCCCACUGCCUGGCAGUGGGCCGUGAAGGUGGCCGCCAGUCAGCUGCUCAUAGUCCUCACAGCAGAAUUUCUGAAAACGGUUGGUUUUUUCUGUGUUGGGAAGGAGGCUCUUCUUAGAAGUUCCUCAGUCCUGUUCUUGGCAUUAGUGGUGACGGUACAGUUUGGAAUUGGUGCAAUGUCAUACACAAAUAUUCCACAAGGGGGGAGCGUUUCACUUUCUGGUGAUAAACUUGCUGGUCAUUCUCAUAAUUAAGACAGUGCUGAGUAGUGACCUUGUGAUUAUUGUAGCUCCCUUUGAUCAAAGAAUUGUAGCUUUCAAUUAUAAACUUGGAGGUCCCCCUCUGAAUCAAUCCAGUGGUUGUUUUCAGUGAUGCUUGUCAAAUCGAAAAUGCUUUCAAUGAUGCUUAUCUUCCUGUACUCAGAAGUAAGCAAACAUGGCAGGCUUUGCUCUCUGGAUCCCAGGAUGAAAACCAACCUCCUACCAUCACCCCAGACAAAACAAAAGAUCCCAGGGUGGGGGGCAAGGAAAAGCGUUGCCUGCGCGCUGCUGCGUCUUCUCCUUUGGUGCAGUCUCCUCUCCACCCAGGCCAGGAAGACCACCCGGCAACAGGGUCUCCUUUCCUCCGACAGACCAGGGCCGUCUGGCUUCCAGAGACCAUCACAGAAGAUAACUCUUUCUCUUUCAGCGACCAGUAAGUUUUACAGGAUGACACGGGGAACAGAGCGCCUUCAGGUGACUUCAGUUGCUUGGCCAGUUGACUUGGGGUUGUUUUUCACCUUCUCUCCUUCCCUUGCUCAGACCCCUCUGUUUCGCCUACGCUCGGGCGCUCAGGAGAGUAUCUGCUCGCCCCCACUGUGCGAGGCCUUGAGGGUUCUUGGCCUUGAGGUCGCCAGCUCUCAGGUGACCGGCAGCGGCUUAGUUUCCACUCCCGCAGCGCGGGCCAGGGGCUCGUGCCCCUCGGCAGAGUAGCUGCCCGGGGGAGGCGUCGGCACCCAGAUCCUUGUUUCCGACUUUCUGGCCGGGCUGCUCUGAAGAACCGUCUCUGGCCUUGCCCGGUAGAACUGCCUCGCAAAGACGCGGCAAAACGGAUCAUGGAGAGCUGAACAAAGGAAGGGGUUGAAAUGACAGACAGUGUCCUCGUCUGCGAAGGGAUCCAUAAAAACUCUGUGGUGGAUUUUUUUAAACUUUCUUCCUGACUCUAAUGUUAUUUGUUUUCUGUGUGGUAUGUGAGGUUUUUGAUGUAGGUGGACAUUUCCUCAUCGUCUAAUGGACACAAGAUGCCCUUCUAGUGUACAUUCAAAUCCAGCAGGGUCUGUCAGCGCCUUGAGAUGGCUUGCUGGACUGGAAUUAAAUCUAAUUUCAGGGAAAUGAAGAUGGAAUUUGAAGGUCAUUUGUAAAAUGAAAUCACUGAUGUUGCUGCUGUUAUGACGUGUGACAGAGGACCCAUGUCUGUGACGGGGCGGGGGAGAAGCCUGAGGGAGAGUGAGAUCACACGAUACACUGAAAUGACUUUUGUUUUUCUUCUAACACAAACACACCUGGUUUGGAAAGUCUUUGCUUUGGAAGUGUCAGACAUGAGAACAAGCCACCUGGACUGUCAGUUCAUUACAUGCCCAGAUAAGAAGUUCUUGUUAGGAAGCGUGAGGAAGCAGGUCGUGUCCUCUGGGGGCUCGGGCAGCUCGGUGCAGGCAGCCCUGUCGCUUCUCCGGCACCUUGGGGAUGGAUGUUCCCUUUCCACAGGGCCAUCCCCACUUAGAAGAUCUAAAAAGAGAGGAUUUGCGGCAGGAACUAUUUAUGAGGCUUUAGCUGUAGCUAUAGUGGUGGGAAAGUUAAGAAAUCUAACCGUUAAGGAAACCACCUUUUAAGGUGGCUUUUUAUUUAUUUUUCUUAAAGCACUUCGUUAAACAAGCGAAGAAUAAAAAAGGCAAGAAAAAAAUAUUCGCAAAUUAAGAGAAAUGAGUGCUGAUUAAAGCUAAUUAUCUCCUCCUUCCCUCACUCCCUCAUCUACCUUUCUCCUGCCAAAGCCAAAUACAGCCUCACAGCCAGCCCCAGCCGGUGCUCGCACCUCGUGUACCUGUGCCCGGGAGUCGGGGAGCUCUCGGCCGACCGUGCGGGCCUGCCAGCCCGUGCACGUGCCCAGGAGCACGGGGCCUCCGAACUGCAGCACGCUGCUCCAGCGUGGCGAAGGCAAGGGAAAAUGAAAUGAGUUUCCCAAACUAAGAAACCACUAUUAUUUGAUAUAUUUUUUCCUUCAGACACAUAGAACUUAUAUAACUACUCAUAUUUUUGAUGAAAUUUUCAGCCUGUUUGAGAUGAAAAAAUAGAUCAUUGUGAAGGUCUUUGGCAACUAAACACAAGAUGGCUUUUCUUGGCACAUAUUUCAAAGCAAAGACUUUGUUUCCUGCUGCUUGUUGUCUAGUUUACAGGGAUAUUUAAUUGUGUAAGGUUAUGUAUAUAGCUGUACUGAACCGCACAGUGGGCUGGAAGGGAAGGUGCGCUCUGGUGCGUGUGCCCGUCGGUACUCCUGCAUGUCCCCCGUGCUGUGUUCCGCUCGGGUUCUGAUGGACAGGAUCGGGGCUUAUUUGUUUGACUUGGGUCCUUGAGUUUUCCUUUUGGUUCCCGUUUUAAAAUGUGAUUAUUAACCUGCUUCUUAAGAAGAAAAGACUAAUUCUGCUGCUCUCAGAAGGUUUGCUGAAUGUGUUUAAGUAGGACUCUAACUUGUGUGCACUACAACUGUCCACGUGCCCGGUGAGACACCCAAGUGUGUGGGCCAGACCAUGACUGUAUGUAGCAGGAAUGUAGUAAUUGGUGCAUCCUUAAUAAACUGAAAUAUCAGCUGAGAGAUUAUUUGCUGUUGUUGUUCAAAAGGCCAUUUAUGAAAUUAGUAUUUGAGCCCCUUAAAAUCUUAAAGCCUCCAGUCAUUUAAUGGAAGAAAUUAGAGUUGAUACAAAAUUCAUGUUAAAAACUCACAGCCAAAGGGCUGUGCUCAGAUGGAAAGUCUGAGCUGAGAUUGGUCUCUUGCCAAAUCCUGGCUGUUGUGUGUUGUUUUUCAUGUCUUUGAGUUAAUUUUUUUCAUGCUGCGUAUUUUGGCAUCAGUUCACCUGAGGAAUCCAUUGGCCUUCUGGUGUUUAAGGCAUCGUCUUAGACUUUGUGGCUCUAAAGUACUUGUCUGUUGAGAUUCCAAGUCUCUUGUCACCAUCCUUGCACACUACAACAAAACCCAUGAUGCAUAAGUGGCCUUUUUGAACCAAGACUUUGCAAACUGAUCUCUCCCCAGUGAAGGAGUUGAGCACAUUAGCAACAAUGUACAUUAUUAAUUUUGGAUUUUCAUUUUCAUGUUUUAUUUUGUAAAUACAUCUGAUGUUUGGAGCUUGAGUAUACAGAAUGUAAAUAUAGUUCUUGUAUUUGUACUAAUUCUGAUUCUUUUGCUGUAUAGCCUUAGAUGUGCAAUGCAGACAUUAUCUAACUGUGUAUGGUAACCUUGCAUCACGGAACUAUUAGUGAACGAGGUGACAAUAAUAAAGGUACAACCAGUGCAUCA